UUCGUAUAAGACAAAGACUUGUAUAAGUUACGAGAACCUUUGUAAAAGGCAGUUGAAGAAAAAAAAAAGGUCACGUUUAUAUACACGUGCUUGUAUAUAUACAAGACGUGAAGAUAACGAUAGAUUAGACUAUAGACACGUCCGAUCACUGAUCGAUAGAGGAGAAGAAUGAUAUUCUAUUGUUUGUUCUUAUAAGUUUAUUAUCAUUUUUUUCUCUCAUUCAUAGGUACACAAUAUGCAAGUCGUCUUGUAAAACAGUUUUCACCAAAAGGAAAAAUUACUCUUGAAAUAGUACAAGAUCUUCAUAUUCCUGUUGAUGAAUUAUUACAUGAAUUUUCCAAUCAUAAUUCACAUUUAUCAAAUAAACUCGUUUUUUAUUGAGCUGGUGUCGACAAUGGAUCAUUUCAAAAAGUACUUGAUCAUGAAUUACGAGCUAUUAAACGAGCCUGUACAGAUUUAUACGGUCAUAAUCAAUUGCCUAAAAUUUGUUUUGUUGUUAAAAAGCGUCACAAUACUCGAUUUUUUCUUUGGAAUAAAAAAUUCAAUCAAACAAAUAACAUUCAACCAGAUAUUCUUUCACGGAAUGGUUUCGAUUUCUAUCUUAAUUCUCAUGCAGCUAUACAAGGUACAUCAAGACCAAUACUUUAUCAAAUUUUACACGAUGAAAUCGGUUUUAUAUCGGACGAUAUUCAACAAUUGGCAUAUUAUUUAUGUCAUACUGUUGUUCGAUGUAUCAAAUCUGCAGCUGUGCCAACACGCGUUCAUUAUGCAGCAGAUUGUGUAGCACUUGGCCUUAACCUUGAGCAUGAAGGACAUAUAGCAAAUGAUCAACAAAGUAUUGUAGCUUCGGAAUUCGACGAAUACUUGUUCGAUGAGAAGGAUGGUGUCGUUACUUUAGAUGAUGUUCAAACAAUUAAAAUCGAUUUUCAUCCAUUAAUUGAAAACACAAUGUGGUUUGCAUGA